GGUUAGCAACAUCAGAAUAUCUCUCUCUCUCUCUCUCUCUCUCUCUCUCUCUCUCUCUCUCUCUCUCUCUCUCUGUAUCUGCAACGAGAAGAUAUGACGUCAUCUCAGUUCAACAAAUCAAAGUCUCCCGACAACAAAUACAUGUUUGGAGAUGAAAUUGGUAAAGGAGCUUAUGCUCGAGUUUACAAAGGACUAGACUUGAAGAAUGGUGACUUUGUUGCCAUUAAACAAGUCUCGUUGGAGAAUGUUGUUCAAGAUGAUGAUCUCAACACUAUUAUGCAAGAAAUUGAUCUCUUGAAGAACUUGAACCAUAAGAACAUUGUCAAGUAUAUUGGUUCGUGGAAGACAAAGACUCACCUUCACAUCAUUCUUGAGUAUGUUGAGAAUGGCUCUCUUGCAAACAAUGUUAAACCAAAUAAAUUUGGACCAUUCCCAGAAUCUUUGGUGGCUGUUUACAUUGCUCAGGUCUUGGAAGGUUUAGUGUAUCUUCAUGAGCAGGGUGUCAUACACCGUGAUAUCAAGGGUGCAAAUAUUUUGACCACAAAGGAGGGUCUUGUUAAGCUUGCUGACUUUGGAGUUGCCACUAAACUAAGCGAGUCUGAGUUUAACACUCACUCAGUGGCUGGAUCACCUUACUGGAUGGCUCCUGAGGUUAUUGAAUUGUCUGGAGUUUGUGCUGCUUCUGACAUUUGGAGCGUUGGAUGCACUGUUAUCGAACUUCUUACAUGUGUUCCUCCUUACUUUGAUAUGCAACCCAAUGCAGCUCUGUACCGUAUUGUUCAGGAUGAUAGCCCUCCUAUUCCUGAUAGUCUUUCUCCAGAUAUUACAGACUUCUUACGACAGUGCUUCAAGAAGGAUUCAAGACAGAGGCCUGAUGCAAAGACAUUGCUCUCUCACCCUUGGAUAAGGAACUCUAGACAGGCAUUGCAGUCCUCACUUCGGAAUAAAGGAACAAUUAAAUAUAUGAAAGAAGCUGCUGCAAGUUCAGGCAAGGAUGAUGAAGGAAGUCAACUUUCAGCAGAAAAAGUUGGGAUGUCAAAAACUAAGGCAUCUGAACAUGAUGAAGUACCUGGAAAUCUUGAAACCGAAGCUUCCAUCCAGGUGGACCAGCCAUCACAUAGUCUUGGCCAAAAAGAUGAAGAUCACAUGCUUAGAAAGCCUGUGAAAACUCCAUCUAGCGUUGGUGGGAAUGAACUGAGUAGAUUAAGUGAUCCUCCUCCUGGCAAUGCUUCUUUGCUUCCCAAGGGAAAAUUUAAUGAAGCCUCAACAUCAAUGCUUCCAUCACAUGCAAUCCAUGGUGGUGAUUCUUCUGUCGCAGAUGGUGGAAAGAUUGGUGUUUGUGAUCCUUGCCUCUUAAUGAUGGGUGUUUUGAAAGAUGUUAUUGACAUUGAUGGCUUGAUAACAAAUGAAAAUGUACCCACAGAAAAUCUUCACCCUCUGCAGGCAGUGGAGUUCAGCAGAUUGGCGAGCUCCUUAAGGCCAGAUGAAUCAGAAGAUGCAAUAGUGUCUUCCUGUGAGAAACUUGCUGUCAUGUUUCGUCAGAGACCUGAACAGAAGACAGUAUUUGUGACACAACAUGGUUUCCUCCCUCUGAUGGAUCUACUCCAUGUUCCUAAACCUCCAGUAACAUUUGCCGUGCUGCAGCUGCUAAACGAAGUUGUUAAAGAUAACACUGAGUUCCAGGAAAAUGCUUGUCUUGUUGGUCUCAUUCCUGUGGUAAUGAGUUUUGCUGGUCCUGGUCCUGAGAGGGAUCAUUCUCAAAAGAUACGUACGGAAGCAGCUUACUUCUUGCUGCAACUUUGUCAAUCAAGCUCAACGUUGCAAAUGUUCAUAGCUUGUGGUGGAAUACCAGUUUUGGUUGGAUUUAUUGAAGCAGAUUAUGCCAAACACAGGGAGAUGGUUCAUUUAGCUAUUGAUGGGAUGUGGCAUGUAUUCAAACUCAAAAUGUCCACACCGAUAAAUGACUUCUGCCGUGUAGCUGCAAAGAAUGGAGUUCUUCCUAGGCUGAUCAACACUCUUGUUAGCUUGAAUGAAACAUCCAGGCUGGCUUUUAUAUCAGGAGGUCCACUGAGUGUGGAUGGUCAAGCUCCACAAGCUCGCUCUGGUCAACUUGACCAGCCUGAGGCUUCACUCAGUGUGAUUGACCAGCCUGAUGCGUUGAAAACAAGUCAUGGUGGUGGUGAAGAGCCUUCUCAUGCUUCAACUUCAACUUCUCAAAGAACAGAUGUUCAUCAACCUAGAUUGAGCAGUGUUGCAGAAGAAAAGGCUAGACCUGGAAGUACCACAUCAUCUUGCUCACUUGCCCAUAUAUUCUCUGGAGAUGUUGCAAGUGAAUACUUGGAGAAAGCGGCUGAUCUGCUUCUUGUAUUUGCUAGUGCUGAUACAACAGUCAAAUCACACAUGUGCAGCCAAAGCUUACUCACUCUUCUUUUCAACAUGUUCAACCGUGUAGAACCUCAUAUUCUGUUAAAGAUACUGGAGUGCAUCAAUCAUUUAUCCACUGAUCCAAAUUGCUUAGAGACUCUUCAGCGUUCAGAUGCAAUCAAACAUUUGAUCCCUAACCUUGACCUUAAAGAAGGGAAUCUUGUUUAUCAGAUCCAUCACGAGGUGCUUAGUGCACUAUUCAACCUGUGCAAGAUCAACAAGGGGAGGCAAGAACAAGCAGCUGAAGACGGAAUCAUACCUCACCUGAUGCUUAUCAUCAUGUCGGACUCUUCUCUGAAACAAUAUGCACUGCCACUCCUAUGUGAUAUGGCUCAUGCAUCUCCGAACUCAAGAGAGCAGCUAAGAGCUCACGGCGGUCUUGACGUGUACAUGAGUUUGCUUGAUGAUGAAUCUUGGUCUGUAACAGCGUUGGAUUCGCUUGCUAUUUGCUUGGCGCAUGACAAUGACAGCAGCCACAAGGUGGAGCAGGCGUUGCUCAAGAAGGAUGCGGUUCAGAAGUUGGUUAACUUCUUCAAGAGCUGUCCUGAGAGACACUUUGUGCACAUAUUGGAGCCGUUCUUGAAGAUUAUAACGAAAUCGUAUAGGAUCAACAAGACACUAGCUGUGAAUGGAUUGACUUCGUUGCUUGUUUCAAGGCUAGACCAUCAAGAUGCAAUUGUUAGACUUAAUCUCCUGAAACUCAUCAAGGCUGUGUACGAGCACCAUCCAAAGCCAAAACAGCUGAUAGUAGAGAACGGCCUACCUCAAAAGCUGCAAGUUCUGAUAGAAGAAAGACGUGAUGGACAAAGUUCAGGAGGGCAAGUUCUGGUGAAGCAACUGGCUACCUCUCUGCUCAAAGCACUCUACAUCAACACAGUUUUGUGACUGUACAUUCGCUCCCAUUUUUGCAAGAAGAAUUCACCUAAAGUGUAUAUCUUCUUCUUCUUUGUUUAAAAACAUGAUUUCACCUGAAGAUGGUGGCGAUUGAUUGAAAACUUUAAAAUGGUAGCUUGUGUUGCACUCUUGGGUUAUGUUAGUACCUAGAGAUGCCAACGCCUCAGUUUUUUUUGGGGGUGAUAUGUUGAAGUAUUAGUAUGUUUAAAAGAUUUUGGUUUGUGAUAUAUUUUAAAAAUGAAUGGAGAAGCUAUUUUGUAAGCAAA